AUGAGAAGGAAGAAUUGGAGACCAGAAGUAUAUAAUUUAAACUUAUUAAAAAAGGAAGAUAGGGCAUUACUUGAAAUAUGCAAGACUCAAAAUUACAAUUGGAGAAGAGUUUCAAAAUAAAUGAUAUCUAUUGGAUAUAAAAGAUCAGGAAAAUCAUGCAAAGAGAGAUUUCAUAAUUAGUUAAAUCCUUAUGUUAAUAAAGAUCAAUGGACUUAAAAUGAAGUUGACAAACUCUUUGAGUUAUAAAGUAAAUAUGGUAACAAAUGGGUAAUUGUUUAAAAUUAUUCUUAAAUAGAGAAUCAUUGCAAAAGAAUUACCAUAAAGAACAGAUGGUUUGAUUAAAAAUUAUUUUUAUUCAUUGGUUAGAAAAGUUCUAAGACGUCUUUCAAAGACUGUAAAUGGAACUAAAAAUGGUAAUAAUAUCAAAUACUUAAAAAGGAUCUUAAAUGACUAAAACUCUAAAACCUUCUGUAAUUUCUUAAAUAUUUUGUAUCAAUCAGAAUUAAAUAAAUGAAAGUGGAAUUGAUAUUGAAUUUGCACAACUCUUUCGAAAUAUUAUAUUGAAAUACAAAAAUUUUAACUUAUCCUAAUAAAUUGAUAUAGAGGACAUUGAUAAAAUUAAAUCCAUUUUUCAAACAUUACAACAAUUAAAGUAUAAAUAUCCUAUUUUUUAAUUAGUGAAUCAUAUAAUUGUGAUUAAGAAAAGAAAAAUAUCUCCAAAAUUAACUCCAAGAUCCAAAAAAUGAAAAAUAAAUAAAGUAACAUUAAUAUUGACAAAGUAUUUUCAAUUCUUAUAUAUUCCAUAGAUUAUACUAUAGAAGAUAUAACUUAAACAUCCCAUUUUCACAAUGAAAUCAUUUCCAUUGCAAAAACUAUAUUCAGAAUCUGUAUUUCAUCAUAAUACAUAUCAUCCUACAUAAUUAAUGUUUUAACCAAUUUCAUCUUUCACAUCCUAAAAUAUAGACUAAAAUAACAGUUAUGGUGCCAUCUUGGUUAAACCUGAAUAAUUAGUAUUUUUUUAACCACUUCCUUCACCAUAUUAUGUAUUUUUUGUACAAAAUUAAUAGAAUAUGAAUAUUAGUGCCAUCAUCUAAUAAUAAUCAAGCAUCAAUACAUAUUAUAGUUCCUAUUUCAAUCAAACACCUGAAAUUAAAGAGGAACAUGAAAUAUGA